AUGCUAGUGGAUAAAUAUGCCCAGCUAAUGACAUGGCUUCAGAGCAGCAAUAAAACGUUUAUUUCCGAAAAGUUAUGGAUUGUCGACGACUCAAGCACAGGAAAGUCCAUAUAUACAGUACAAUCACUCAAGACGAAUGAGCACCUGGUUACCAUACCCAGAGAGUUUAUGCUCAACUUUAUCACAAUACUGUUACACAUAGAAAAGAUCAGCAAUAAAACUUUUGACAUCCCUAACGAGUACCGGAUUGCAAAUAUUCCAUCUCCAUCCCCCGAAGAUAGCGAUUACAAUCUUAUCUAUCAGCAAUUCAAAGGUGACGAAUUGAUGGAUUUAUCAUCGUACCAAUUGAUCUCCAUGUUUCUGGUCAUAGAAAGUCACAAGAAGAAUUCCUUUUGGAAGCCUUUUAUAGAGGUGUUAGCACUGUUGAGUGACUUUGCAUAUGCUCCCUUAAUAUGGUUGGUGGAAAAUACCAAUGAAAUCUUUUUCAGAAAACUACCACCUCCCACCCAAGCUCAUGCUUUGGCCCAACUAGAGAGAUUCAAUUUGGACUAUUCAGUCAUCAUUAACCUACUUUCAACGAAAUACAUUAACAUAGAAGUCGAACGAUUGAUAUCAAAGAGAGAAUUCCUGCGCAUGUGGAUGUGUUGCAAUUCUAGAUGCCUAUAUAUGGAACUUCCGUCGUUCCUAAACAAGUCCAAAGAAGAUAACUUCACCAUGGUUCCCUAUGUGGACUUUUUGAACCACUCCAGCGAGGAUGGCUGUACUGUGAAAAUUAAUAGUUUCGGAUUUCAGGUUACUUCUGGUCUGAACUAUCCUGAGAAUUCCCAACUCUACUUCAAAUAUGGUGCUCAUUCCAAUGAGUUCCUGCUUUGUGAAUAUGGAUUCAUGUUUGAAAGGGGUAUGAAUAGCUGGAACUAUAUCGAUAUCAACGAACAAGUCAUUGCUUUGAUGGAGCCUCAUCACGUGGAAUUCCUUAAGGAUCAAGGGUACUACAACGAUUAUACCGUCUCAUUAUCUGAUGUGUCUUUUAGGGUGCAGGUAGCUCUUGCGGUAAUCCAAGAAACCCCAGAGGGGCUCUCUUCAAAGAGGAUCACUAACUUCAUAAACGGACUCACUCAAGGUACUUCUUUUGAAGCCAAAUCCAAACAAAUGCUCAAAGAAAUUCUCUCUGGUAUAGUUGAGGAGUGCCAGCAAGUGUUUAAUACUAACCUGCAACAGUUUUCUAAUGAUGAAAAAUACUCUAGAAUUAUCACACGAUUAUACGAGGACCGAUUUGAUAUCGCAAAAACCCAUUUGGACCUAUUAGAGGGGUAA